GUUAGCUUCUUGUAGUAAAUAGAGCGAGCCUCGAGCUAGAAUCUACCUUGCUCUGUAUAAACAAAUUCCAGCUCAUUGGUUUGAUGUAGCUUCGCCCCGAUCAACGAGACCAAGUCCAAACAAGUAAACACACAGCCUCCCGGUAUGCCUACUGCAAAGAGUGUGACCAUAUUGGCUCAAACUGGACCAAUGGAUGAUCACUUUCCACAGAAGACGAGACUCGCCUCGAAAGGUCGCCUGGAAACCCGCUUCGAGGGAUGCAUGCUGCGGUUACAGCUAGUUUCUCUAUAUAUCGAGAUAACCUGACAUUGGAGUACCACGCUUCUAAAGAUGUCGUGGAUUCCUCAUCGUUGCUCACUUUACAAAGCAUAUAAAGUUCUCAAAACCCGAGACUUAACUUUGUGGCUUACCUCAAAAACUUGAAGCCACUUCGUGGUGGCUCAAAAAACGAGCAGUAAAGAAAUAUCAAAGUCAAACUCCUAAUCUCUGUUUGAAAAUAUCCUCUUACUUCCUUUCUAUUUCUGGUCCUUUUGCCAGGCCCUAUCGCCUCGAUCUGGGAAAUCCCCGAGAACGACCCAGUGCCAGAACUUCUACAGGCCGGUGUUUUCGACAAAGACACCCUGCCACUUCUGCAGGCCAUUCUGUGGGCAGCUUUGCAAGCCCUGGCUCUCGCUGCAGUUGGAAAUAUGACAAGGGGACCGAAUCGGCCUAUUUAUGUCGAGACCGCGCCAGUAGACGAUCCGCUACGCAUAGAUCCACCAGACGGGACCCCGAACGCUCAAGGCAAAGAAAAAGGAAAACAGGCAAAUCUUGCUGUCAGCCUUCCUCAGAACUCACCCACAACGUGGUUACCACCACCGCAGCUUGAAAACGAAGAAUUGAAUGACGGCGAACACUUCCUCGUCGAUUACCCCGUGCCAGAAACCCUUUCCUCGUACCCACCCGCGCUCAAAGGUAUACCAGAUACCAUCCGCACGGUUGUACGAUCAUCGAUAGACGCAGUCUUUGAACGAGCCCGUUCAGAGAAAGAGGCGGCUGUGGCAUUGGCCCAGCGUGUGGCCCAAGACACGGCGAGACAGGAGGAAGAGGAACAGGCAACAGAAAAUCAACAAAUGACAGAAGAAAAUGAACUACCCGCGGAGAGUUUGACAACGGCGGUGGUCGUUUCGCCUGCUUCUCGCGUGGAGGAUCAAUCACUACCAAGCGAGGCUCAAACCGAGCCAGAACGACCAAAACUCAAGCCAUCCCGGGCCUGGCGUCGCAGGGUAUUCUCUCAUCGCCACUUGGAGCGGUAUAUAUCUCAGACCGGCGAAAAGAAUAAGAACCACGAAACUCCAGGAUCGCCCAGUGCUUUUACCAGGCUCACAUUCAAAACCCUCAACCGUCCCUCAGACGGCACCAAGGAAUCCAGAGAAGAGAUAGAAUGCACCGCCUGUCUCGAACCCACUAAAAGAGCCGACUCGGUAAAAGCCGCCAUAUGCAACCACACCUACUGCAAACCCUGCUUCGAGCAGCUCGUCCUCACCGGCCUCCAAACCGAAGCCCAAUUCCCCCCAAAAUGCUGCCUCAACCCCAUCCCCUGCCGCACCAUCACAAAGUACACCUCACGAUCAACCCGAAAACUCUACAACGAAAAAUCUACCGAAUACGCAACCACCGACAGAAUCUACUGCCCUAUCCCCAACUGCGGCCGAUGGCACGACAAAACCACCAUCAUCACCCCCCAAACAGGCACCACCACCACCCCCUACCUCAAGUGCACCAAAGGCCACAAAAUGUGUCCCACCUGCCACCAAAAAGCCCACAAAAAAACCGAAUACUGCCCCCAAGACCCAGACUACCUCCGCACCAAAGCCUUCAUCCAAGAGUCCGGCUGGCAAAAAUGCCACCGCUGCAAACGCGUCGUAGAGCACGUGUCCGGAUGUAGACACAUGACCUGCCCCUGCGGCGGCCAGUUCUGCUACGUCUGCGGCGCCAGGUGGAAGACUUGCUUCUGCACAGACAGACAGGUAGACGUGAUGAAAUCAAAAGCCGCCGCGCGCCGGCAUGAGAAACAACAGCAACAACAGAGCGAACCUGCCAGCAGCAGCCAAGCUUCACAACCCACCACCACCCCAGCUGAUGAAUCAACACUCGCGAGACUGACCCAAAUAUCCGAGCACUCCUCACUUCUCACCUUUAUCAUGACCUCGAUAACGGACCACCAAUCUGACAUUUUAAUCACGUCUCACUCCCGCGAAACAUCCCAGCUCGUCAAGUCCCAUGCCCUUCGCCGUCGCAGCUUGAAUCUAAACCAAUCCACCGCCCUCGCCCGCAUGCAAAACUCCCACAUUGCAGGUGUUGCCUCCCUUCAAAAGAAACACGAAGGCGUCGAAAGGGAGUUUUCUCUCAAAGUAGGGGAAUUCCCCUCUGACUCUAUCCCAGACGCAGGGAAAUCACCAGAGGAGACGAAACUCCAGACUGGAUACAUCACCCUAAACCAAAAAGUGAGAUCAACACAAAACAGAGAGAUGGGGAUGUUAAAACUGGAGCAAAUUGUGGAAAAGGGGGAAAAGGAGAGGGAAUUAAUGAGGAAGAAGGAAAAACUUGAGCAGGAAUUAGGACAAGAGGCUAGGGAGCUGAGACGGAGGCAGGUUAUGGAGGCAGAGUGGGGGAGGUUGGUUUGGGAGGAGAGGGCGAGGAUUUUGAGGGAGAUGGAGGAGAGGGAGAGGGAGGUUGUUAUUUUAGAGGGGGGAGGAGAGUAGCUGAUGAGAGGUGAAGUGGUGAUGGUGGCAUGUGAAGUUGAUGUGGUCCGUGCGACGAGCGUCUAAGUGUAAGUCGAGGAACAAGGGGGGGGAUGUGAAAAACCCCGCCCACCAAUCAGCAUAAAUAUUUGAGAUGGGAAGCUCUUAUCUUAUCUUUGGAACCAUUUGGGUACGUCAUUGCCUGGGGCGUUCUUGGAGAAGGGAAAUACCCCGUGGCUGGAGGUUUGGGAAGCUGGAUAGCGAGUUGGGUUGGUAGAAUGAGAUAAGGAACAUAUAGGUAUAUAAAGAAACAUAACCUCUCA